GGGACGGAAAAAGAAUGCAACGUGAGGUAUCGUGGAGGGAGGGGGAUGCCCCGUCGUGCUCGCCUGCUCGCGCUAAAUAUGGAGUACUGUCCAUUGUCCAAUCCCCACCUCACACAACACACAAGCACAGCGUGCCGGCGACCCACGCAAUGAAGCCCCCCGGCCGCCUCGCCACUGCCGCUGCAGCGGCAUUGCUCGUCGCCACCUCGCUGCUGGUCGCCACCCUCCUCACCUCGCCGCUGCCGUUGCUGCCGCUGCUCCCGUGCCUGCCCGGCGUCCUAGCCCCCUCUGGCGUCGGGUACGAGCCGUCAGGCCUCGCCGCGCUCGCCGACGCCGCCGUGUACUACGCCACCACGCGCACCGUUCCGCAGCAGUCGGGCGCCGAGAUCUCCCUCUCUCUCGCCGUGCUGCGGCGCCGCGCGCCGAUCCGGCUGCUGGUGUUCGGCCUCGGCCACGACUCGCGGCUCUGGCACGCGCUCAACCCCGGCGGCGUCACCGUCUUCCUGGAGGAGGACCCGGAGUGGUACCGCAUCGUGCGCGCCAAGUCGCCGUUCCUGCGCGCCCAUCUGGUCACUUACCGCACGCGGAUGGACCACGCCGACCUCCUCUUCGACUCCUACAAGAACUACUCCUCCUGCGUCCCCGGCGCCGGUGCCGAGGCCGCCGACGCCCCCGUGCAGGUGCGCGACAACGCCGCGUGCCCGCUGGCGCUGCACAACCUGCCGCCGGAGGUGUACGAGAACGAGUGGGACAUGCUCAUGUUGGACGCGCCCAAGGGGUACUUCGCGUCGGCGCCUGGCAGGAUGGCGGCGAUAUGGACGGCGGCGGCAAUGGCGCGGGCGAGGCGCGGCGAGGGGGACACAGACGUGUUCCUGCACGACGUGGACCGCAAGGUGGAGAAGAUGUACGGCAAGGAGUUCCUCUGCGACAUGUUCCGGGUGGGAGGGACCGGCCGGCUCUGGCAUUUCAGCAUUCCACCGGUGUCGCGGCGGGGGAACGCGACGGCGUCCGGCGGUGGCAAGAGACCUUUUUGCUGAAGAUGCAAAUGUCCGACCGAUUUGAAAAUAGCCUUGUUGUUGUAACAGUUCUGCCAUGUUCGUGUUGUGCGUUGAGCACAGCGCAUCUGCACAUGUGUGCUUAGUUUCGCUUGUUGCACAAUAAGGAACCUAACACGUGCUUCGUUUGUGGGGAGGUGUGCGUCGUAGAAGUGGGCCGCGUGGACAAGAUCUUGUCGUGGGAUGGCAUCGCAGAAACAGAUCGUGGCAUGAAUGGGUCAUGUAAGUGGUUGUUUGGAUAGAUAAUGAGGAUUUAUAGAAACAACUUUUUUAA